UGCCACCAAACUUUCUUACUGUUUCACUUGUAUUUUUUUUGGGUUGGGGAAGCUUUUCUACAUCGUCAGCUUGGAAGAAAGGAUCAGGGGAUUUAGAAGAAAGAGGAAAAAAUUGGAUUCUGUUUGAGUUGGAGAUGCAUCACUUUCAGGUUCAGGUGUUUUUUGUGGUUUUGUUUUCCUCAGUGCUGCUGCUGGAGGUCAGCGCUGCUCCACACUCAGACAUGCUGACUGAAACACUGAGAGAAGACCUCGUAAACGACAAGGAUCUCGCUCCUUUGCUCCUGCUGAAGCUCAUGUCUGAACUGAUGGCGGCCAGAGGGGACGAGAUGCUCCCCGAGUCCGAGGAGGUGCUGGGAGUCAGAGAGGAGGUGAUGAGGCGUCAUCUUCCCCUCUCCCACAGGGAGCGCAAGGCGGGCUGCCGUAACUUCUUCUGGAAGACGUUCACCUCGUGUUAACACAAGAGGAGGAGUGCUUAUUAAAAGCCUGCGUUUGUUUGUUUACUGUGUUUCAGGGUGAUGAGUUCAUCCUUGUCGGCUCACUUUGUUUGUAACCGCCGUACGCUGCAGUGAUAAGACUGUAUGCUUGAAGAUCGGCAGGGAUGUACACAGCUUGUCAAAUAAAUGUUUCUGAUUUUAAA